AUGCAAGCACCACCGACUUUCGCGCCACCGACAUUUGUGCCACCAGUGACAUCCGCGCCGUAUGCAACGUACCAGAAUCCGUCAGUACCGUACACAUUCGAUUACGUUCGCGCACCGCCGGUAGUACCGAAUUAUCACAAUCCAUACGAGAAUGUGCGCGAUAUUGUUGAACUUUUACCCGUUUUUGACCCAUCGUCCGAUCGUUCAUUAACAUCAAAACAAUUCGUAAACCGCGUUGAAAAUCUGAGAAGUGUAUAUGGGUGGAGAGAAAACACACUUUUGUUUGCCGUACAGCAAAAGAUGCGGGGAUCAGCAAAAUAUUGGGUUGAUUCUCUGCAAGACGUGUUUAUUUCGUGGGCAGAAUUCGUUCAUAAAUUUCUGCUAAACUUUCCGUGCAUCGAAAAUGAAGCCGAUGUGCAUCUUAAGAUGGCAGAAACGAAACGGCAAAACAAUGAGUCCGCUCAAGAGUUUUAUUACCGCAUGCUUGCCUUAGGUUCAAAAGGUGGGUUAUCCGAUUCGAGUAUUGCGCGCCAUAUUAUAAACGGCAUUAAUGAUUCAGACUUACGUAAGAAAAUUUCUAAUAACUAUACGCAUUGUCAAGAUUUACUAAGUGACAUUAUAAACUUUAAUAUUUAUAACGAAGCGAAAACCGCGCCACCUAAAAUGGUAUACAAAACAAACGCGUCGAUAGAAAAACCGCCGAAUCGAAAGCCACAAACACCGUUACCACUCGAAAAAGUUAAGUGCUAUAACUGUUUUAAAUUUGGACAUUAUUCCGUAAAUUGUGCCGAGCCACAACGUAAGCCGCGCUGUGAAAAGUGCCAACGCACAACGCAUAAAACCGCAGACUGUAAUGUAAAAACUGAAAACCGCAUUAAUAUAAUUGAUCAGCGCGCAUGUGAUGAUAAAAUAGUUAAAACUAUCAAAGUGAACGGUAUAGAAACUCUAGCAUUUGUGGACCCUGGUAGUAGUCGUACACUUAUUCGUAAAACAUUCGCGCAUAAAAUCGGAGACGUGCGUGAGCAACUCACAAUAUUGAAAGGGUUCGCGGGCGGGCAAUAUGCUAGUACCGAAAUUGUAAGUGCGGUAAUAGAAAGUGACGGUAAUAAUAAUCCAACUAUUAUGCCUGUCAUUGACGAUGAUUUCUUGUGUGAAGCCGUAUUGUUAGGACGAGACGUAUUGUGCCGCGCGGGCAAUCGCUUGGUUAUUGAACAAGAUCAGUGCCGCAUAGAAGACAUAAAUAAAAUUGACGUUACAAAUGAUUUAAGUGUAAUUGAUCGCCAGAGCUUGCAACAACUACUAACACAACACGCUGAUGUUUUUGCAAAAAAUUUGUCUGAAAUUGGUAAGUGUGAUGUUGCAAAAAUGAGUAUCGAAUUAAACAUCAACAUACCAAUUUGCCUUAAGCCGUACCGUAUUCCGUUCGCUAAACGCGCGAUCGUUUCCGAAAUCGUAUCUGAAUUAUUGAGCAACAAUAUAAUUCGACCGAGUGAGUCAUCUUACGCCGCGCCAGUUGUUCUCGUCGAAAAAAAGAAUGGCGAACAUCGCUUAUGUGUGGACUACCGCAGUCUAAACAAAGUUACUAUAAAAAGACCUUAUCCCAUGCCGAUCAUGGAAGAACAGUUCGCGCAACUUGCGGAAAUAAUUUUUUUACAACGCUUGAUCUACGUACCGGGUAUCUUCAAAUUGAAAUAG